UAUAUGGUGUUGGUUUUAGCGAUCAAAAUAUUAGUUACUUUGUGUUUGCUUUUAUUUAACAUAAUCGUAAUAACUUAUUAGUGUUUAUGUAAUUUAAAUAUAGUGUAAUGUCUGCACAAAAUGUGAACGUUUGUGAUAUUGGGGAAGAUGUUAAGGAAGUUCUCAAAAAGUUUCGUUUUCAAAAACACACUUCGAACAGUGCUCUAAUACUAAAGGUUAACCGCGACAAGCAAGCUCUGGAAGUGGACGAGCAGCUCGAGGACAUCGAGCUGGAACAGUUGCAGGACAUCCUACCUUCGCACCAGCCUCGUUUCAUUGUGUACAGCUACAAGCUGGAACACAGUGAUGGGCGCAGAUCGUUCCCGAUGUGCUUCAUAUUCUACACGCCCCGAGACGCACACAUGGAGCUGCAGGUUAUGUACGCAGGCACACAGCGCGCCCUGGCCGCGGCAGUGGGAGCACCCCGCCUACUGGAGGUGCGGGAAAUAGACGAGCUUACCACCGACUGGCUGCACGACAAGCUCACACGGUAGUCACUCCACUCCCAACACCCGACACCUGUUUAUAAAUCAAGAUUAGGGAAGUUUUAUUCAAAUAAUAUCUAUGUAGAUGAAGCCACAACCUGAGUGUUGAACAAAGCAUACAAGAUUUUAUGAUGGUCACUUGAACGGUUAGCUCAGUUGGAAGAGCACUCGGACGAGAGGUCGUGGGUUCGAGUCCCGCAUCGUUCAUAAAAUUUUGUUUCCGAAUUUUAUUAAUUUAAUAUCCUUUGUUACUUGUCAGGCUGAAAUCUAUAGCGCGUACGCAGACUUUACUUACGUAAAACUUAGCUGAUUGUGAGCUUAUCAUAAUCUUUGUUUUCAAAUCAAUUACCAAGUAGGUCACGGAAAUGACACUUAUGAAUGUCAAAAAAAAAUUCUUAGUGAAUCUACCGCUACUUCGUAAAGGGUUGAGCUAAUGAGAAGAAGUAGCAAGAAACUCAUUGCCACUCUUUUAUAUCGAGAUUUACAUUUAAGUAGAUCGGUUUACAAAUCAUUUCAAAUUACAAUAUAAUAUGUAAAAUGUAAAAUGAUGCAACAGACACUCAAACGUCAAAUAGUCAAUGUCUUUGUCUUUGUCACGAGUAAGUCAAAAUAGUAGUAUACAAAAGUUAUUGAGUACAGUAGCUGCAUCAUCCACAUACACCAUAGAUAAAUAAAUAAAUAAAAAAAAUUUCGGUUUGCGUUCUUCUAAUUACGCUAUAUAGAUGUUCCUUUGUGUACGUGCGUCUACUGCACUGACCUCUACUAUAUACCACUGGACUGGCGGCUGUCAAAGUGCUUUUGUGCCCGUUUGAUAUUUGCCAUUUUGGCGCUGUUGGCCAUGUAGUGAGAGUCUGCGGUACUAAAACUAGUGUGAUGACAGCCUCAGCAAACAACGAUAGAUCGUGGGAAACUAUUUACAAAAAAAAAUUGUGUACUUUAUUACGGAAAAAAUAAAUAACACGGAAAACGAACGAAAUUAAUUCAAAAUCUAAAAAUACUUCAGUGUAUUUAACGUUCCUUCGCAGCCAUUUGUAUUAUAUGUCAAAAUUAGUUCUCUGGACGCUCGCGAGUGGCGCUUCAAAAAGCCAUUAAAUAAUUUCUGUCAAACAUAUGGAACAGCCUAUCCAUUGGUAUUUAUGCAGGUCAGUGGUCUACUGUCAUUAGGAUGAUGUCCUGCCACGUAACUUAUUAAUAUUGUUAUUAAUGACUUAUGUAACAAUGAUAAUGAUAAUAACACAUUUUGUAUUUAUCACCUUGUCACAGUUGUAAUCCCAUUACAUUUAUUAUUAUAUAUUAGCUGAUGGUAAUUGAUACGCCCUGACCAUGCAGUGCCGCUCUUGAUUAUUGAAAAACCCAAAAAUUCUAAGCGGCACUACAAUUGCGCUCGUCACUUUGAGACAUAACAUGUUAAGUCUCAUUUGCCCAGUAAUUUCACAAGCUACGGCGCCUUUCAGACCUUAACAUUUAGCACAACUUUGUAAAAAGUUUAUCUUUAGUGAGAAGAAAUAGCAAGUAACUCAUUGCCAGUCUUUUAAAUCAACAUUCCAAAAAAUUUAUCAUAAAUUCAUAUAUGUCCGAAAUUUUAAUAAGUACCAAUAACAUACGAAAUUACAAAUAGGUGUUUUAAUUUAUUUUAAUGAAUAGUCUUCUAUACAGUGUGUAACAGAAAGAGGGGGUUUUAGUUCAGUGUUUGGACGUGAGGGGGUCGAGUUAAGGCGACUCUAAAUGCCAGCGACCUUGAGCGAUAUGAGUUCACGGCUGCCGGCCCGCCAUCUAUGUAACAAAGCCAAUAUUUUCAAAAUUCUUGCGUGGAAAACAGUUUAUAUGCUUACAAUCCUCGUUAUUCACUACUAAUCUGAAUAAAUGAACCUACACAAAAAAAGUACAAGCUAUAAGAAUAACUUUUCUGAGAGAAGUAUCAAAAAAUGCGUCACGCCAUGCCAAAAAACUUGUUUAACUUCAAAGAAAAGUGGUAGUUCAAAAAGGCUCGGCAGUGUUAACUAUAACCAACAGCAAGCAUUAGCAACCUACAAAUAAGACUUAAGGAUAUGUGUAACAGGAUUAAGUAGUGUUCAUAGCUCGAAAUGCUAUACUUUCACCACAAAACUUGUCUAAAAACACCAUGUUUUGCGUGUUUUCUGCUUACUCUUCGCCUUAAGAGUAUGUAUGGAAUGGACCCUCUUUGAGUGAAGGAAUGAUACUUCAAACACCUUUGAUCGAUCCCUCUGUAGGAACAUACGUUACCGCAUAAUAUUAUGGAGUUAUUUGUUUUAUUGUGAAUGUGUAUAUUGAGAAUGUAAUAUAUAAAUUUGUCAUAAUUAUUAUCAAGUAAUAUUUUAGUGUGAUAAUGCAUUUAUACUUCUAUUUAAAAAUUAAGAUGAAAUUAUUUUAUAACAAUAUAUUUACUUCAAUGUAA